AUCAUGAUGGAAUACAGUGUUUGUGUUUUUAUUAAGUUGCUCAUUUUCGUUUGCUUCAUCAGUAGAGGGCUUCAAAACAAGAUAAUCUAUUCAAUUCAUGGUUCAAUUAAAGAAAUAAACUUGCUCAAUGGAGUAGUAUCAACUUUAGUAUCCAAUCUGCAGAGUAAUAUAUAUUCCUUAGACUAUGAUUAUAAAACUGGAUAUAUUGUUUUCCCGAGGCAUAAUAAAGACGACAUUUUAAGGUUUCGUUAUCCAUCUGAUACAGCUUAUAGCACUAAAUUGGUAACAAGUGCAAGGGAACCAAUAGCUCUGGUUAUUGACCCGCUAUUGAAUCAUGUGUAUUGGACAGAAAUAUACCAACAAAAGAUCUAUAGAUGUAAUUUUGAUGGGACAAAUAAGAACUUCAUUCUGCAAGAUGAUCAACUAUAUGCUAUUACAUUAGAUUACGUAAACAGCUGGCUGUACUAUAGUACAAAGACAUACAAAAUAAGAAGAUCAAGAUUAAAUGGUGCUGACAAACAGACCCUCAAAGAGUUGGUAGAUGUAACUGGUUUGGGUAUAGAUAAUAACAAAAAACGACUGUAUUGGAUGGAAUAUCAAAGAGGAGAUUUGGAAUCUUCUGAUCUCAAUGGAACAAAUGCUAUCAAAGUAGUCAGCACGAAUAAAACCAGAACAAACAUAGGCAUUUAUGUUUAUGGUAGCAAAAUAUAUUGCUCAAAUGGUAAACAAAUAUUAAAAGUCACAGUAUCACCAGUAACAAUGGCAGAUGUCGUACACACAGAUACAGAGACAAUUCAUGGUGUACUUUUUUAUGAUGAAAUGUUUAAAACGUCUAUAUAUGAGGUAUUUACAAACAUAACCUUAAUUAAUCCCACUGACAUCCAAAGGUGAGUAAGAUUUUAUGUGUUUUUCUUUUUCUUCCAAACUUAUUAUAGAAACGUGUAAAAAAUGUUUAUAGGUACAUCAGCACAGGCAAAUGAUUAUAAUUUUCAAUUGAUUUUGAAUAAAGAAAUAUUUUACAUGUCACAAUACACAUAUUUGAACUGAAAACACUAUUAUCCUCAGAUUGUUUUUCGCGCGUAUGCGUUGAUAUUGGCAAGUUUGGAUCAACUGCAUAACAGUUUGUUAUCCGUAGACUAGACUCUACAAAGUACAUCACAUUACACAAAAACUCGUCUACAAAAAACAAAAUAUAUCAUAGAAGUAAAAAAAAAAAAAAAAAAAAAAAGGAUAUAGGGUAUUUAACGAUGACAAAAAAUCAGUACAUAUAAGUUUUUUUGAUAUUAUAUGGAUAUACAAAAGUGUUUACAUGAACCUACUGUUUUACCUGUAUUUUUAAAAAAGACAUUUAAUUUUCAGUCGCAGAUUUUGCUUAACACAUCUGACUUACAGUUGAGAAAGAUUAUGCAGUAUCUUGAUUAACCAUUCUUGUUCCUGUUGUAUAUAUCCUACAUUAUAUGUCGGCAGUGAAAAUAAUUGGUCGUUAUUACUCUUCCUGAACUUAAAAAUGAAAAAUGGUACGAUAGAAGGACGUUGGAGUUUGUAAUGGAACACACUGCAUGUCGGAUAGACCGCGACGGAGCCCAACUAUGGAGUGAUAUCGUACAUUAAUUCUAACUUUCAUCAAAAGAAUGAUUACGACGACUUUCAUGAAUUUUACUGAAACAUUUAAAGGAAUAAAAAAACGAUAAUGAGCAUGCAAGAAUUAGGACCACAGAACAUCUCCAAUACACACUAGUGACUCACAGUCGGACAAUCGAGUGAAUGUUACAAGGAAUAUGAUGUUAAUUAUAAAUAUAUAAAACAUGGGACAUUCGAAUCGGUAAAUUGUGAUUACAUAUUAAAGCAUUAUCCAUACUGCCGACGUAUUCGGGACAAUGGUAUCAAUAGACCAAGUGAAAUAUAUGUCAACUUGUGUUGAAAAUAGUUCUAAAAUAAACUCGAACUGAUUUAACUGGCAAAUAUGAAUGAUAAUCAAAAGCAAAAAAACGUCUACCGUAUUCAAAUAAAAAAGGCGAUUUGGUAGUUGAAGCAAAGAUGUGAACAUCAAAUUAAUAUGAAGUGCAAGUUGUUGGUUUUAUCGGAAUUGGUUAUUGUAUUCUGCCUUAUUGGUCAAGGUGUUCAAUUCAAGCUUAUUGUUUCAACGCGUGGUAAGAUUACAGAAGUCAACUUGCAGACUAAGGCUGUUACACAUCUUUUGACCAAUCUGGGAAGUGAAAUUAAUUCUAUGGAUUAUGAUUAUAAAAAUGGAUAUAUUUAUUUUCCAAGAUACAGUAAAAACGACAUAUUAAGAUUUCGUUAUCCAUCAAACUAUACGUACCAGACAGAAAAUGUCACAAUAGCAAAUAACCCAAUAGGUAUAGCAAUUGACCCGUUAUACAACCAUGUGUACUGGAUAGAACGAUAUACGGGAAAGCUUUACCAGUGUAAUAUGGAUGGAUCAAAUCAAUUUUUAAUAUUACAGGAUGAUCCAAUGUUUGCUUUAACAUUAGAUAUUGCUAACAGAUGGGUGUAUUACAGUAUAAUUGACACCACAAACAACGUAAUAAGGCGAGCUAGAUUGAAUGGGACUGAAAUAAAGACUUUUACAGAUGUUCAUACACAAACAGUAUCUGGUUUGAGCAUAGAUUCCAACGAAGGGCACAUUUAUUGGAUGGAGUAUAUAACUGGGGAUUUGAUGUCUUCAAAUAUUAAUGGAACUGCCGUAAAACAAGUUUUCAUGACGAGUACAACCAAUACAAACAGAGGCAUUCAUGCAUAUAAUAGCAUAAUAUACUGUUCAAAUGGCAAUCAAGUACAAAAGGUCACAGUUUCAUCAGUAGUUACAGCGAAUGUCAUAUACACAGACAAAGAACAAAUUUAUGGUGUAUUUAUUUACAAUGAAAAUACUUUCAAUAAACAGAAAAUGCAGAGGAGUCCAGUACGCAUGGAUGCAACCGAUAAAAGAGAAUUACAAUAAUCAUAACAGUCUUUCUUAUCGAACACUAUUAUGAUUAUGGUCUUGCUAAAAGAAGGUAUGAAACACCUUAGAACUAGCUGUUUAUUAGCCACCAUAACUAGAAAUUCAUGACAUACCAUCGUUGAAGUAGGAGACUUUAUCAGAUUCAAAGUACCACGGUUGAUUCUCAAACAAACGUGUUGUGCAUUCUUGAAUGUAAUGUGAUAUUAGAUAGGGAAUACCCUGCUUGAUUCUUACACAAACGUGGUGUGCUAUCUUGAAUGUAUUGUGAUCGCAUAUUAAUACAUUUGUAUUGAUAUAUAUAUAUCAGUUGUAUCUGUAUAUGACUUAGUUCAUAAUAAAAAAGAAACUUAACAACAAACACACCAAACUUCAUGGAAAUUCGAAUAUGGAGAUUUCAUCAAAACCGACAAAACCAAACACUCGACCAUAUCAACCAACGGUGCCACUGGAAACUAAUUAACAUGUGUUUUAAGGUAACAUGAUCUCUGAUUAUAUUAUCGUGUAUAACAGUGUUUGUUAAUGUUGUGUUGAGGUCGUUAUUCAUGUAAAUAAAAAGUCAAGCUUCA